AUGAAGUCUAAACAGCCUAAAUGGAAAAAAUUUCAUUGUCCACCUCUAUCAGAAACUCGCAAGGAGCAAAUUACACACGAGGCGAACCGUGCAUGUGAUGAGUUGCUCUAUUAUUCUGCUGGUGAGGCAUUUAAAACCAGUAUUGAAAGUACUGGCUCAAGUUUUGAGAGCGAUAUGGAUCAUGAUGAAUUUCAAGAAGGUCUACAAUGGGAAUAUACAGAGCAAAUCAAUAGUAUACGUGUUGAAAAGGUUCAAAUUAAAUCUGGUACGAAAACAAAGAGUGGAAAUGGAGUGUACUACUUUCGAGGAAUUACUCAAGUUGAAGCUAGUGUCGAAGAGAUCAUGGAUCUUUAUGACGUUGAUAUAGCUCAGCCUAACAUACAAUUGGAAAAGAAAUUAUCUCCUGAUAUUCUACAUUCAGUUGUACUCUAUGAGAUCCAGCAGUAUCAACCGGAAAAUAGUACAGUGUUUAUUGGAAUUCGCUGGUCAGCUGUACGAUCUCCCUAUAUCAUGGUACGCAAUCGAGACUAUUGCUACCUGGAAAUCCAACGCCGUUUUACUCUACCCGACGGCCGUCAAGGCUUUGCUCGCUGUCUACAUUCCGUUAAGAUUAAGAGUUGUCCAAACAUGGAAAAAUCGCACGGGUUCGUCCGAGGUAGUUUGUACCGUUCGGGUUCUGUGUUUGUUGAGAACAAACACGACCGGAAGACACUGGAUAUUGUACAAGCUGUGUAUGCAGAUCUCAAGGGCAAUGUGCCACAAUGGGUGGCAGCCAAGGGACUGAAACGACGACUCAUGAGCUUGGAGUAUUUAAAAAGAUACCUUGAUAUGAAGCGUAUGGCGAAUCAAACAUUUGCACGUCGAAGCCAAUUGAUGACGCCAGGCAAAGUCAAGACGUGCUUUGUGUGCGUGGAUGAUAUUGGCACCUUUAAGAGGAGGUACAACUGCCAGAAGUGUGGUGAGGUCAUCUGCGGUCGAUGCAAGCUCACUAUUAAUGCAGACAUUCCAGUGGUGGGCAAGAUGAAGCUUACAAUUUGCAGUCUGUGUUCAUUGGCCAUAAAUCGCACUGCGCUGCCAGAGAAUAACAAUAGCGACGUUAGCGAAGGACUGGAGUACCGACGCUUUUCAGCGACGCCCGAUCUAACAUAUCAGUACCGCAAUUGUGACGACGAAGUACCUAGGCGCAAGCGCGCCUUGAGUCUAUUCUCAUUCCACACGGCUAACUUUGACCAGACAUUGUUGCAAAGUUCGGUAUUGGCUCGCGAGUUUUAG